AGAUAGAAAGCCCAAUUCGAUGCUACAGUUUGGAAGAACAAUGGCUCUGCGUUUUCAGUUUUGUUUGAUUCAGUGGAAGGGAUGGGUCGGGGGAUCUCAGCUAUAUUUCACUCUUCGGCUGCGCUCCUGAUACCAUUCCCCAUUGUUUUAUGCCUUUAAUCUUCGUUUAUCCUGGCCAAUUGAUCCGAGGAAGAAGAAUUUGUAAAUGUUGGGUUGAGUGUAGGAAAGAGAAGAAGAGAUGGGUCGGGGGAUCUCAGCUAUAUUUCGCACACGCUAUCUUCUCCUCGCCAUCCUCGCUUUCGUUCUGAUCUAUUUCGCUGCCUCCUCCUUUCUCCAGCGAGAAAACGUUGAAGAGGUGUUUGAAGUAACCCAUAGAGUAUAUUUGGAUGUCGAUAUCGAUAAGCAGCGAAUAGGAAGAAUUGUUAUCGGAUUAUAUGGCAAAGAUGUACCAAAAACAGCUGAGAACUUCAGGGCAUUGUGCACAGGGGAGAUGGGGAAGACUGCAAAAGGUAUUUCCCUUCAUUAUAAGGGAACACCAAUUCACCGCAUAAUACCUGGGUUCAUGAUUCAAGGUGGAGAUAUUGCAUAUGGUGAUGGAAGGGGAAACGAGUCCAUAUAUGGAGGUAGCUUUCCUGAUGAAAACUUCAAGAUCAAGCACUCCCACCCAGGUGUUGUUUCCAUGGUGAACUUUGGACGCGAUUCUAAUGGCUGCCAGUUUUUCAUUACGACUGUCAAGACAAGCUGGUUGGACGGGGAGCAUGUUGUGUUUGGGAAAGUUAUUGAAGGGAUGGACACGGUGUAUGCAGUCGAGGGGGGAGCCGGGACAUACAGUGGGAAACCUAGGAAGAAGGUCACCAUUGCUGAUUCUGGAGAGAUACCUAAGAGCCAGUGGGAUGAUGAUGAUGAUAAGGCAACUCUGCAGAGCUCAUCAACAUCAUCAUAAAGCAGCUAUAGGGAAUUUGAGGCUGGGUUUGGCGUAACUUGCGUUUGAACUUUGGGACAACGCAUGGUGAGGAGAAAUUGAAAUUGGAAAAAGGUGUCAACACGGUGAAGUUUCUUUCGGAUGUAAGCGACAUUCGCACGAUACCAUCCCAUGACUUUAUCCCGUUUAGGAAAGAGCAGCUGUAUUUUCUAUUGACGUUUGAUUUGCCUUCCCAUCGCUACCGAAUGCGUUUUACGGUUCGUUUCACAUAUUUAGACUCAUUUGAAAUGAAUUUCUUCAUUUUACAACUGUUGGUUGAGAAGGUUUGAAAAUAAACCCUUCAUGUGAGCAAGGCAGUCGGUGGAUUAUGACCAAAAUACCAGGUAUGCCCUACCAAUUAACAACUAGUUACUUC